CGGAGUUGCGGUAGUGCGCUUGCGUGGUUUCCGUGGAGCUGGGUUUGGAUCGGGCCUCAGGAUGGGUUGUGAUGGAGGGACUAUCCCGAAGCGCCAUGAACUAGUGAAGGGCCCCAAGAAGGUGGAGCAGGUUGAUAAAAAUGCCUCAUUGGUUGCCCGCUGGAAUUACUGUGCUAUCAGUCAAACGCCACUGAGGAGACCCAUAGUCGCUUGUGAGCUUGGCAGGUUGUACAACAAAGAUGCUCUCAUUGAAUAUUUAUUGGACAAAUCUGAAGACAAAUGCAUCAUUGAGACUGCCACACACAUCAAGAGCCUUAAGGAUGUGAAGGAGCUAAAUCUGACCGAUAAUCCAGUCUGGAAAGGUGACAAUGCCAACACGAAGGGUGACAAAUUUGAAGAUCUGCACCGUGCUGCUUUCAUCUGUCCCGUAGUUGGGUUGGAAAUGAAUGGACGACAGAAAUUUUGCUAUCUACGUGCUUGUGGGUGUGUCUUCUCGGACCGUGCUAUGAAGGAGAUAAAGACUCAAGUUUGCCACAAGUGUGGGGAGCCCUUCAAAGAAAAUGAUGUGAUUGUACUGAAUGGGAGUAAAGAGGAAAUGGCAAAUCUUCAAAGGAGAAUGGAGGAAAGAAAGCUUGCAGCCAAGCCGGUGAAGAAAUCGAGGAAGUCCAAGGCAACUGGAACUGUUUCAAAACCUGGACUUGUCAAAGGUGCUGUCAAAGAAAUCUCAGGACCAUCAAACCAGAAACAGGAAGAGAAAAAAAGUACCGUUGACAAGUUGGCAAGUGCUUCAUCAAGCACCAGCACUGCAGAAAAUGGGCAGUUGUCAUCAUCUUCACCAUCCACUUCUUCUGGGAAAGCUUGUAAACCUGCUACCAACCUUGUCAAACGAUCUGUUGCAGAAAUGGGAGAAAAAUCUGAGGUUUACAAAUCCAUCUUCACAUCCCACAGCUCAGCUAAACGCUCAAGAGAAGAGAAACCAAACUGGAUCACUCACACAGCAUAUUACUUCUGAGCCCGUCUGCAGUGUUCAGGAGUAUAUUCUUGCCUUUGUGUAACAAGCUUUAUCCCUUCAAUUUAAAGAUACCCAUGUUUAAAGACUUUCACUUGCACUCUAACACAAUGGAGCCAGUGCUUGUUAGCCUUGAGUAGGAUAUUAACCAUUGUACUAUUUGAUACAACCCACAUGAUCUGCAAUGUCUGCAACUUUGCACUGAAUAUACACUCAACAACAACCUGAUAAACAUGGUCCAAUUUGCAAUCUACUUUUUGUAAACAUCUAUGCUGACAUCUGUUUAAUUAAAAUUUUCUCCAAAUGUU